AUGACGACGCUCGCGUGGUGGCUCCUCAGCGUCGUGGGGCGGAGGUGGUGGACUAGAGCGCUCUCAGUGGAGCCUGGGGUCUGCCGAUUCGCCGGCGACGACGUCGAUGACGUAUGGGUGCAGCUGCACCACGUGGCAGAGGGCGGACGGGUCAUCCUGUCCCCAGAGGUUGACAUCUACGUGGAGGACAUGAGCUGCGGCAGGGCCGAGACCUGGCCUGCCCGACCCAUCCCGCUGGCGCAGCGGAUGGGCAGGAAGCGGAGGCUGUAUCGCUUCGAGGAGGCGCUGGGGCCUGAGAGUCGGGCCAAGACGCUGACGCGGGGCCGUCAGGCGGCGCUGGAGGUAGAGGCGGCGUCGCCUGAGCCGAGGGAGGCCGGGGCCGUGAGCGGCCAGCGGGUCUCGUGGCAGGAGGACGCUGGUAGGCGUCUGGCCGUGGAGCGGAGGGGCCUGCUGUACCCGAGCAUGGCCGUGGCUCGCCGGGCGGGGACGCCGCUGGAGGCUCCUGCUGGGGGUGACGCCUGGGUCGGCCGCGGUGGCGUGCCCGACGGUGUGAUCGGGGCGGAGGUCGACGUGGCGAGGACUGGAGGCCUGAGCUUCGAGGACGGGCCUGAGGCGUUCGGCGUGCUGAGGUCCGCCGACGGUGGCACAGGGCGGCUCGGCCGGCUGGACGCGGGGUCGGACGCUGGGCGCCUGGCAGAGGAGGAGGCUUUCAGGCAUGGCCCAAGCAGGAGCCAGGCACGAGCCAAGGGCCCCGAGCGCCGACGCACUGCGGCCGCGGCGCCGCUCGAGGAUGAGGAGCCCGCCGGGCCCCCAUGGGGCGGCACGGCUAUGCCAGAGUUGGCGCAGCCGCUGCUGGAGGGGCCGCAGGGCGAGCAACGUGACGCCCUCGCCCGCACGCUCUGGGUCUUCUACGACGAGCAGGGCGGACGGGACAGACGAUGGCGAGACGUGGUAGGCGAGUCGAGGCAGGGGCGCCGCCCAGACGCACGGGUGGGCAGACCGCCGGGGGCUCUCCACAUGCGCGAGCACAUGGUGAGGCACGGAGGCGACCUGCGGCUCGAGCCCGACCUCACCGUAUGCGUGAGGGGCCGUGGGGAGAAUGACUGGGUGGUGCAGAAGCUGAGGACGAUCGCCUACGGAGACCUGCUCAAGCCGAGCUGGACGAACGCGGACAUCUUCGCGGACGUGAGCUCGGAGAAGGACGUCUCGGGGUCAGAGCUCAGGGGCUACAUCCACCAAGGGGCGCAGAAGACGUACGAGGUGGAGCAGGUGCAGAAUCGGGCAGCCCGCAGCUUCCUGCCGCUCCCGCUGCUGGGCGACGCUGGCCGCCGAAUUCGCGGCAGGUCUUGCAGGGCGAGGCAGUUCGGCCGAGAGAAUCGGAUUGCGGCGGAGGUCAACGGCAUCGUCGAUGCCGUUAACUGGAUGUCGGGGUACGACUCGCUUCCUGGCCCAGCCAAUGACAUGCAGCGGGAUGUACUAGCGCGCUUCGAGGGCCUCGUUCGGGGCCGGCAGCCGGACGCCAGGUUGCAGGAUCCGCGGGCGGCCCUCCGGGAGCUGCUGCGGGGCCGCUCGCCAUACGACGGGCGCAGUGGCCCGACGACGGUCGCCUCCUACAGUGCAGGGCUCGUCAGCAUGCCGAUGGACGUGAGCGACUGCCCGCGUCUAGAGGACCUCUUGCCUGGCGAGGCCCUUACUUUCCUGCAGGAGCGCCAUGAGCGCAUGUUGCGAGAAUCACCCUUGCCGACUGACGUCGAGCCAUACUUCGACUCGGUCCUCAAGUUCAACCACAAGGAGUACCGCGGCCUGGUGCGCCGGCUGCUGUCGGCUGGCAUUCUGGGAUGGACUCUAACACCGAAAGAGAGAAUUGGGAUGUUUUUCGUGUGGAAGGAUGGGCGGCGCCGACUUCGCCUCAUAGUCGACGCCCGCCGUACGAACGCCCACUUCAAGGACCCUCCUGGGGUGGAGCUUUUGAGCAGCGAGGGCCUUGCCAGAAUCGAGGUGCACAUGCCAGACGCGGGCUUCUCGAACUACGAGGACCUCCGCGCCGCGCUGGAGGCGCAGCAGGUGUACAUCGGCAUGGCGGACGUGAAGGACUGCUUUCAUAGGAUGCGUAUUGAUUCGGCCCUCUCGCAGUACUUCUGCCUGCCGCCGGUCAAGGCUGGGGCUUUCGGCGUGACCGAGGUCGAGGGGGCCAAGGUGCAGACGUCGACGGCCAUCUACCCUUGCUGGCAGGCGCUGCCCAUGGGCUUCAGCUGGUCCCUCUACUUCGCCCAGCGGGCCAACGAGGAGGUGAGCCGCCGCAGCAGCGCGCUCCUUCGGGGGCCCGGUCUCUCAGACCAUGGGCCACCGCUCGUGUUCGCGCCGGGCAGAGCGUCCGAGGAAGUCAGACACUACGUGUAUGUUGAUAACUUGGGGGUCUUCUCGCUCUUCUCUGAACUCGUGAGCGGCGUGAUGAACCAGCUGACAGGCGAGUUCGCCAAGCUGAGCCUACUGCUGCACAAAGACGAGCUGGUGCCGGACAAGGCAGUAGCGCUGGGCACGGAGAUCGACGGGGGCCAAUUGCGCACUCGUGUGACCAGUGAUCGGUUCUGGCGCUGCCGCCAGGAGCUGACGGCCUUCAGCUCUUUGAUGUACUUCCUGGAAUCAGAUUGGUGGCUACCUUGGAAUCCCUUGGCGCAGCAGUCAGAUGCCAGUCUUCACGGCUACGGACUGGCAAGGGCCUUUUGGCCGCGGGAGCUGGUGGAGUCAGUCGGGCGCGUGCCUGAGCGAGCCCGCUUCCGCCGGCGCUGCGCGCACAGUGCCCGCGAGGCUGCGUUCUGUGCAGCUGGUUUCAGCAUGAGCGAGAGUGGAAAAUGGGAACUCAAGGUGCCCGCCCGGGGGCUCCGCGCAGGUCUGCGGGAGCCCUGCUUCGCAAGAGCCUGGCAGCACCCUGAGGGCAUCCUGACCUUAGAGGCCCGAGCCCUGGGUCAGGAGGCGGGGUGCCCGUGGCAUCUUGCCCCUUUGGCGCCAGUGACGCCGCUGCCGUCGCCGGCAGCGCGGCGGGCGCACCUGCUGUGCGAGUCGGAGCUCCUGAAGACAGCGGUGCAGGGCCGUCCCCUGCCGCGGGGCCUGGGACAGAUGGCGGAGGACCUGAAGGAGAUGCCUGUGCCAGCGGAGCCCGCUCAGGGAGUGCGAGAGAGCGACGGCUCCUCCGACAGCGGGAGCUCCGAGCCCGAGGUCGAGACCGACGCCGCGCGGCAGCCCAGGCUCGCGCAGUCGCACGAGCGCCUUGCCCGCCACUACGGGCCCCCUUACCUGGAGAGGGAGGCCGCGUGGAUUCCGUCGCUGCGCGAGUACCAGAGGGUUGCGACCAUUGGCGAGGUCAUGGAGAGCAGGGACGAUGCCAUGGUGACCUCGGCGUUGGUGAGCCAGCUGACCGGACUGCACCAGACUGGGACUCACCCCUCCUGGGCCGAGAGGCUGAUGGUCGGCGUCCUGCACUUCAACCCCGACGGGUCGAGCUACGGUGCCUGGCGCCCCCCCCCGGGCUGGAGUUUCUGGACCCUGAGGCUCUCCCCGGAGGAGGAAGGCCCGUGGGAGAGAGCGGGCCUGGUGAAGGUGUCGCUAGAGUCAGACUCGACCUGGAUGCGCUUCUUGUGCCCUGUGCUGUGUCAGAUGAAGAAGGUGAAGCACCCCGAGUACCCGUGGAACUUCACGUGCCCAGAGUACCGCAGGAGGUUCAGCCUACGUCUUCAAGACCUGCCAGCAAGAGCCGAGUUGGUGCCGUAUCAGGUUUGCCUUUCAAGGGCCUUGGUAUGCAUGGCGAGGAGGUGGGGGCGGCUGGCCGAGGUGCAGACACGCUGGCAGUGGAGAGCCAAGCGCAGCGUCGUCCGCUACGAGAAGCACGCGCGCCUGGCAGCCACGUGUUCAACUCGGAGCCGCACGGUGCAAGACGUGUUCCUGGUCUGCGGGGUUCAGCUCGCGGACAUCAUUUCGGAUCGCGCCUCGCCGCUCGACUUGCGGGAGCUCGGCUGCGUCUGA